AAGUGACAUUCGUCAACUUCAAAUUCAAAUGAAUUAUAUUUUGGUUAACAAGAAAAAAUUCAAAUCAAACGUACUGCUGAAUGUUAAUAAGUAGUUCAAGCGUAUAAAGGCAUUAUAAAAAAAGUCAUCUGCUUCUUUUUGUCAAUAAUUGUUCUUUAUAUUUCUAGAAAAGUGCGUAAACAAAACAUAACCUUACCAACUGUUUACCAAUAUAAACAAUGAGAUAUGCACAAUUAGUUGUUGGUCCUGCAGGGAGUGGAAAGUCAACCUAUUGUUCGACGAUUGUAAAACAUGCAAGUGAUGCUAAAAGGAUAGUAGAAGUAGUGAACUUGGAUCCUGCAGCUGAACACUUUGACUAUGAACCUCUCGUGGAUAUAAGAGAAUUAAUCCACUUGGAUGAUGCAAUGGAAGAUGAAGAGUUGAAGUUUGGACCAAAUGGAGGCCUUGUAUUCUGUAUAGAAACACUUCUAGAGAACAGAGACUGGUUAGAAGAACAACUAGGAGAUGUAGACGAUGAUUACAUUCUGUUUGACUGUCCAGGUCAAAUAGAACUGUACACACAUCUGUCGGUGAUGCGCAAGAUUGUAGAACUCCUGGAGGGCUGGAACUUCAGGAUAUGUGUUGUAUUCCUUAUUGACUCACAGUUUAUGGUCGAUGGUGCUAAAUUUUUAUCAGGGACAAUGGCAGCUCUCAGUGUGAUGGUGAACUUAGAAUUGCCGCAUGUUAAUAUUCUAACUAAAAUGGAUUUGCUCACUAAGACAGCGAGAAAACAAUUAGACAAUUAUCUAGAACCAGAUCCACACAUAUUAUUAGCUGAUAUGAGAAACGCAGAUUCGAAAUGGCAUGAAAAAUAUGCAAAACUGACAGAAGCUAUCGGAGAAGUCAUAGAGAAUUUCAGCCUCGUCCGUUUCUAUCCGCUGAAUAUCAAAGACGAGGAGAGCAUAGAGAACAUACUUAUAACCAUAGACAAUAUAAUACAAUAUGGUGAAGAUGCUGAUGUCAAAAUACGAGAUUUUGACGAAGAGGAUGAAAAUAAUAUUUGAAUAAAUAAAAACAAAAAUGUUACAUUUUUUA